GCCAAACGGCAUGAGUGGUUACGAAGCAAAUCGCAAUCAGAAACAAUCAUGAGAUGAACCAAAUGGAAACCACAAAUUAAGCAGAAACACAAGUUGAUAGAAAUUAAAAGAAAAAUGUCCGGUAUAAGGAGAGGCUGGUCCGAUACGACGCCGCUUAUCCGCCAACAGCAACAGCCUCAUCAAAAAAACCGGUCCGCGACCUCUCCCUCCGCUCAUUCACACAGCAUCUCCUCCCCUUUGUUCCUCGAAAUGGCCGCCGCUAUCUCCUCCUCCUCCGCUACUCCUCGCUCUGCCUUCCUUGGCGUCGACGUAGGUACCGGCAGCGCCCGUGCUGGUCUCUUUGAUGAGAAAGGGAAGCUUCUAGGAUCUGCUAGUAGCCCAAUACAAAUAUGGAAAGAAGGUGACUGUAUUGAGCAAUCUUCAACGGACAUCUGGCAUGCAAUCUGUUCAGCUGUGAAGUCAGCAUGCUCUCUUGCAAAAGUUGAAGGGGAAGAAGUGAAGGGCAUUGGAUUUGCAGCUACCUGUUCACUUGUGGCAGUGGAUGCCGAUGGCUCACCAGUUACAGUUUCUUGGAGUGGUGAUUCAAGAAGAAAUAUUAUAGUUUGGAUGGACCAUAGAGCUGUGAAGCAAGCUGAGAAGAUUAACUCUCGUAACUCACCAGUGUUGCAAUACUGUGGUGGAUCUGUUUCGCCUGAGAUGCAGCCACCAAAGCUUUUGUGGGUGAAAGAAAAUUUGCAAGAGUCUUGGUCAAUGGUAUUUAGGUGGAUGGACUUGAGCGAUUGGUUGUCAUACAGAGCAACAGGAGAUGAUACACGAAGUCUAUGCACCACAGUGUGCAAAUGGACAUAUCUUGGCCAUGCACACAUGCAGCAGAUGAAUGAGAAAGAUUCUCGAGACAUGGAAGCUUGUGGAUGGGAUGAUGAUUUUUGGGAGGAGAUUGGCUUAGGUGAUCUUGUUGAGGGCCACCAUGCUAAGAUUGGCCGAAGUGUAGCUUUUCCUGGCCAUGGUUUGGGUUCUGGGCUUACUCCUACAGCUGCGAAGGAACUGGGUCUGCUAGCUGGAACACCUGUUGGGACAUCGCUGAUUGAUGCUCAUGCUGGUGGUGUGGGGGUAAUGGAAAGUCUACCCAAGACAGAUUGUGAAGCUGAAGAGAAUGAUAAUGAAGCUAUAAGCCAUCGUAUGGUGCUGGUGUGUGGCACUUCUACUUGUCAUAUGGCGGUAUCGCGGGACAAGCUGUUUAUUCCUGGGGUAUGGGGACCAUUUUGGUCAGCAAUGAUACCUGAGUACUGGCUCACAGAAGGUGGGCAGAGUGCUACUGGUGCAUUAUUGGAUUACAUAAUUGAAAACCAUGUUGCUUCUCCUCGACUUGCAAAUCGUGCUGCCUCUCGAAAUACUUCCCUGUUUCUGCUACUGAACAAUAUGUUAGAAUCAAUGAUGUCUGAGAUGCAGUGUCCGUUUAUAGCUGCUUUGACUGAAGACAUACACGUCCUUCCUGACUUCCAUGGAAACAGGUCUCCGAUUGCAGAUCCAAAAGCAAAAGGAGUAGUGUGUGGAUUGACUCUCGACACUAGUGAGAAACAGUUGGCUCGACUAUACCUUGCCACAAUCCAGGGUAUUGCAUAUGGUACACGUCACAUUGUGGAGCAUUGCAAUGCCAAUGGUCAUAAGAUUGACACAUUACUUGCAUGUGGUGGUCUCUCAAAAAAUGCCCUCUUCAUUCAAGAACACGCAGAUAUUAUUGGUUGCCCUAUAAUACUUCCACGUGAAAGUGAGUCGGUGCUCUUAGGGGCUGCUAUUCUUGGUGCAGUUGCUGCGAAGAAGUAUUCUUGUCUCAGUGACGCCAUGAAAGCACUUAAUGCGGCUGGUCAGGUCAUUCAUCCAUCAAAAGACCCAAGGGUGAAGAAGUAUCAUGAUGCCAAAUACCGAAUUUUCCUUGAACUUUAUAAGCAGCAGCUAUCACAGCGUUCAAUCAUGGCACAAGCAUUGGCCUAGAUUGUGAGGUACAUGGUUGCAACUUGUGAAUGCUUUUCUUGAAUUGGGUUUUUGAAUGUUAAGGAAGUGGGACUGUGUAAAGUUACUGGAUUACUGGUAAAGAUACUUGUGUAAAUAAUUGGUGUUGUAGUUGCAUGUGAAACCUAGCACAGACCAGAGGACCCCGAAUAAAGAUUAAUGGAUGAGUUUCACAUUUUUAAUUCCUUUAGCUGGAAA